AUGACAACUUCAACUCUACCGCCUCCAACGUCCUUGAACCUGCCCGAACCUGUCUAUGGACACCCGGGGCACGCCCCAGGAUCACCCCGACGGCCACCAUCGCCUCUUCGUAACGAAUUUACCCACAGAAGAUUGUCAAAUGACAGCCACUCUGGAGAUGAUGACGAUGAUGGCGAAGAAGAAGAAGAUCGCACGUGGCCACGCAGCCGCUCCCCUACUUCUGCUUCAGUCACUCAGUUCGCAGCGAACCUUGCAAACCGCGUCAAUUCUUUCAUCAGUCCCUCAAUAACAAGCAGACCUCUUCCGUCUGAUGAAGAAUUAGAAGCUGAGGCUCAGAGAGAGCGCGACAGAAGUCGACGAGAAGCCGAACGUAUACUCACACGAGAAGCAGAAGAAAGGCGCGCUGUGGAGGAACGAGUUCUCGCUAUGAUGAAUAGUUCUCCACAAUCAAAUCCACCUUCUCGAAGUAGAUCGCAAACAUUACCAAAUCCACCCUCUCCUGCACAUUCUCAGAAGGAGAGUGGCCCUAGUUGGUGGACGGCCGCCAAAGCGCGCUUGACUCCUACAAAAGAUAAAGAACCACUCACCCCAGCCCAGCAAGUCAUAGAAGAAACUAAGGCUCGCGAAAAGGACACGAAGAAUACCAAGGGAAAGGAGAAGGAAUGGCCUGCUUCUUCUGCGAGCAAAUACACCAGCCCCGCUUACCUCAACUUGAAGAUACCCCCAGGUGGCCCUCCCCCUCGCACUUCAUCUCCCACCUCCCCGACUCCAGCUCGACCGCCGAUUAGUCGAACACCUGUCAACCUCUCCCCUGCGCCUGUCACACAAGCUCCGAUUAAUCUUUCGCCCGCCUCACUCCAAAGAGGAACUUCUCCAGGUGGCUCCCCUGCACGCGAGCCCCCUCCACUCUAUGCUUCAUUUACACCCUCGGGUACUCUAGAUGUACCGGGUACAUUGCUAUUAAUUGCGAAGCGCUUCGAGAAGCUUGAGAGAUGGAGCGUCACCCACGUGCGCGCGCUCGAAGAACGCAUGGGUGAUGUUGAGCGCUGGCUGGUCGACAAGGAAAAUCAACGCAGUAAGGAGAGGGAGCCAAACGACAAACCCUCUCCUGAAUCUGAGCUGGCUUCUGUUCGAGGAGACGUUACUGAGCUACAGUCACGCAUGACUGAGCUUGGCCGAGAGAUGGCACGCCUCGCGACAUCACCUGCCGUUCUCUCCUCUAAUACUGCCAUCCGAGACUCGCCAGUGAUGAGCACCGCCCCUCCAACGGAGUCGUCCAUCAUCAGUCCUCAUGAAUCUACCUUCUCUAGCGUAGUCGACAGCACAAGCACAACUUCCGAAUUCUCAUCCUCCAAUACCACUUCAGCCCUAGAAAAUAUUCGCAGUCUCUCCACUCCCCGCCGAGUACCGUCCCUUACAGCUCGCGAAUCCACGAGUCCACCCCUCGCUCGGGUCUCAAGCCGUACACCAUCGGGGACCAGGACGCGUCUGCCAUACCCAACGGGCGACUACGCCAGCCCGGGAGAACUAAUAUCCCCAACUCACACUCCAGCCAGCUCGCCUCCACAAUCGGCACAUCUUGCAUCUAUGGUAAUUUCCGGGUUGCCAGUUUUGUCCAGCCCUCUGGAACUCCCCGCCGCAAUCUCUUCGCCUGGCCGUGUGGCAUCUCCUAUCCUGAGUGGCCUGCCAGCUCCGGGCAUUCACAGCCCCCACCGAGGCAGCGUGAGUCCAACGCCUAUGCAAGCAGGGCGUAAGCGAUACACCGUCGCCCUUGGUGGACCUAUUGUAGCUCCUGUCGAGUACGACUACGACUGCGAAAGUGAGCGUUCGGGACUCGGCACCACAUCUUUCUCUUCCCCCAUGGAGAGUGACGACGAAGAUGACGAAAACGCUGCGGACGAGACGUUAGGGAAGAAAGCUGCGUUCCGUGCGAUUACUGCUGCAAAGCUC